AUGGACACAAACCCUGAAAUAGUCCAGCCUGCGGACUGGCAGACCGGUGAAGCUGUCCCAGUCUUUCUCAUCCACGAUGGCGGCGGCACCACAUUCUCGUACCACUGUUUAGAACCUCUCCGUCGUCCAGUCUACGGCAUCUACAACCCCAAAUUUCACAGCGGCGAGCCUUUCGACGGCGGCCUCAGCGACAUGGCCCGUCUCUACACAGGCUGGAUCAAAGAAACUGUCGAAAAGCCCGACUUUCCCAGACGUCGCAACGCAGCUGGAAAGAUCCGACUUCUUCUUGGCGGAUGGAGCAUGGGCGGCCACUUGAGUCUCGAAAUCGCAAAGCAGCUUGAAGAUUCCAACAUCGACGUCAUUGGAAUUCUCAUGGUCGACACAAUCUAUCCACACAGGUUCUCUAGUGAAAAGCGCAAGAUGCCCAGCGAAGACUCCAAGGAGGGAAAGAACAAGAACCAGAUUCUGGCAGAUCUAGCUAUGGCUGAUGCACGCCGUAUGAUUCAAGCUUGGACACCUCCGGCCUGGGAGGCAGGACGUCGGCCCCGGGUUAGUCUCCUCCGGGCCAAGAAGGCCGUGCCCUCGCCGGACGGGACGGAUCUCGUGGACUGGAGCCGUGAGGAGCGGAAUCUGGGGUGGGAUAUGUACGACAAGGACUUUUUUGCUGAUGUGGUGGAUAUCGAGGGACAUCACUACGAGGUUUUCAAGUUUGAGUUUAUUGAGGAUAUUUCGCAGAAGAUGAAGAAGGCACUGGAUGAUUUGGAGUGGGUUGCCUUGGACGGUUGA